CAUUCACUUCCCAGUACAAAUUCUUGUUCUGGCGUGUUUUAACUUUCGUGCAGGUAUAAUAAUGUAAUAGUAGUAAUAGAAACAAUUACUCUUCUGACAGUUUAGCUGCUGCAGUCUGUCCAGCUGAAUGUCAGCAUUAUAAAACAAUAGUAAUUUAAGGUGAAGAACAGUAAAGUAGGUCGGAGUGAAAGAUCUCAGGUCGGGAAUCGGACGGAACCGCAGAAGCAGCGUCCUGGACUGAACUGGACCUUCAGACUUAGUGGGUCUUCUGCAGUCCCGUCUUUCUCCGUUCAUCGGCUCCUGUCUCGGUGCAGAGGCUUUCCAUCAUGUUCACAGAGGUGCUAGUUGCUCUGGUGAUCGGAGGACUAAUCUACUUCCUGGUUCAGAGGAACAGGACCCAGGUUCUUAAGGCUGAGGAUGGCUGGUGGGGGGCCGGAGCACGCUCUGCCGCUGAGGAGGACGUCACCAUCCGCCCCUUUAAAGUUACCACCAGUGAUGAAGAGCUGGAGGACCUGUACCGGAGGAUUGACCAGACUCGUCCUGUUCCAUCCCUCGAGGACAGCCAGUUUAAUUAUGGCUUCAACUCCCACUAUCUGCAAAAGGUGCUGUCUUACUGGAGAAAUGACUUUGACUGGAGGAAACAAGUUGACAAACUCAACCAGUACCCUCAUUUUAAAACCAACAUUGAAGGUAUUGAUGUCCAUUAUGUGCAUGUGAAGCCCAAGAAGGUGCCACAGGGGACCAGUCCCAUCCCUCUGAUUAUGGUUCAUGGCUGGCCCGGUUCAUUCUAUGAGUUCUACAAGCUGAUCCCUCUGCUGACAGACCCAUCAGACCCAAACGACCUCGUGUUUGAGGUGGUGUGUCCCUCCAUACCAGGAUAUGGCUUCUCUGAAGCACCACAUAAGAAAGGUUUUAAUUCGGUUUGUGCGGCCCACAUCUUCCACAAACUGAUGAAGCGUCUGGGCUUCCAGCAGUUCUACGCUCAAGGAGGAGACUGGGGCUGGCUGGUCACCACUAACAUGGCUCAGCUGGAACCCAAAAUCAUCAAAGGCCUUCAUGUGAACUUUGCUCCACCUGCCAAGACGGGGCUGCUCAUGACUUUAUCCAUCAUGCUUGGCCGUCAUUUCCCAAAGCUGUUCGGCUUCACUGACAGGGACAUUGAGCGCCUCUAUCCCUGCUGGGAGAAAGUGGUGGUGGAAUCUGUCAAAGAGACUGGCUACAUGCACAUUCAGGCCACCAAGCCUGACACUGUAGGACGAGGGCUUAAUGACUCUCCUGUGGGUCUGGCUGCCUACAUUCUGGAGAAGUUCUCCACGUGGACAAACCCCGACUUCAGGAACCUAGAGGACGGAGGACUCACCAGGAAGUUCUCUCUGGACGACGUGCUGACCAACUUGAUGAUCUACUGGACGUCCGGCUGCAUCAUCUCCUCUAUGAGGUUGUACAAGGAAAACGUUGCCAAUGGUCUCAACGACACACAUGUAAAGAUACCAGUCUAUGUUCCCACCGGCUUCGCCUCCUUCCCUCACGAGCUGUUGCACACACCUAAACUGUGGGUGCAACAGAAAUACCAUAAUCUCGUGAGCUUCACCCCCAUGCCUCGUGGCGGCCAUUUUGCUGCUAUGGAAGAGCCCCAGCUGAUGGCCGAAGACAUCCAGAAGUUCAUAAAAAUGGUGGAGAAGAAGAAACAGUAGAGUUUGGACUGAUGAACAGGUGAAGGAACUAAAAGUAGAUCGUAAAUCCGAAACUGGAACGUAGGGCAUACAGUAAAUGUAGAUAGUCAAGUAAGUUUUUUUAAUGCAGUGGAAUAUACAGCAUAGUAUAGAGUUAUAAAUUAAAUUCCUUAUCAUAUUUUCUAUUGACUUAGGCAGUCGUAUGCAGUGGUAAUAUUACAAAAUGUGUUUGUUUGAAGCUCAUGCAGUCAAGAAGGAAAAGAGGAAGCACAGAAGGUUGAUUCAUGAGAUUAGUAGAUCAGAAUGUACGGGGAAUUCUGUUGAAAGCUGCGUGUGCUACAAAAAGACAGAUGAUUGUAGAUCAUAAGAUAAGAUAGUAGGAGCAGGAAAUCGAGCCCAGCUCCUUUUGGAUCAACUAGCAGUCCACUGCUUUCACUUUUAAACUUAAAAUGAAGAUGCAUUUUGUUCAUAAAGGAUUUUUUUUAGGAUACAGCACUAAUGCAAGCACUACCAUUGUUAUCUACAAAAGUACAGUAAUACAUUUACAGCAAAACACUUUUUGCAAGUAUCGUAAAAACCUGCAGCUUGAAUCGCAGUUUGGGAGCUGCAGAUGCGUUAUUGAACACAGGCCACUUCACUGUUUCUCACUUUUUUAACUGCUUCCCUCAGUCUUGUGGUCUAAAGAAGUUUACUAAGCAGCUGCAGAUGGGAGGUCAGAGGACACUUGGUGUUAUUGUGUUGACAGCAUAGACAAGGUGCCAGGCAUUCCUCUGACUGAUAGCAUGAAACCUCUGUACAUGGUAACACGAUUGCCUUAAACCCUCGGAUAGUGUUUCAUUAUUUUUAAAACUUCCUUUCAUUGAAAACGUAUAUUUAGUAGCUUAAAAUCUUUUAAAGCAUUUUUUUCAGUGCUCAGUUUAUUCCACACUUAAUGGAAUAAGUAAUUAGUUUACAGUUGCCUUUGAUUAUGUGUGAGUGUCUACAAACUCACAUCUUGUAUCACCAAUUGCUGGAUUUGCUAAUUUCAAGCUCUGCAGUUUAGAAUGUCUCAAAUUAUGGUUUAUUGAUGCAAAUCUUACAAUUCAAUUCAAUGUAAUUUUAUUUAUAUAGCGCAGAUUCACAACGUAUGUCAUCUCACAGCACUUACCAUAGUAACCUGCAGACCUUACGAAUCAUAAACAGAAAACAGAAAACCUAAUUAUCCAAAGUUGCCUUUGGAUUCCCUAUGAGUGACGGUGGGAAGAAAUGAAAAAGAAACCUAGAACAGGGAGGGAAAACAAAAAAUCUGAACCAGGCUUAGAGAAGCGCCCAUCUGCUAGGGUGUUUUUCCUUGCCACUGUCACCUUUGGGCUUGCUCUGGGGGUCAGGCAUAUGGGUUCUGUAAAGCGUCUUGAGACGAUUUGACUGUAAUUGACGCUAUAUAAAUAAAAUUGAAUUGAAUUGAAUUGCUUCGAAUGGUUGGGUGAGAGUGGGGAUGAGGGGGGUGGGAAUAGCAGGACUACUGCUUUACUUUAUUAUGUCUUCUAAAGAUUUUUGACAGUCAUGGUGAUGCUAUAAAUCACAUAGAAAUAAGAGUUAACGCAUUAUGUUGAUCCUGAAUAAGCUAAAUAGAAUCUGCAAUGCUGUUUGAUGAGCUUUGUUUGGGGAAUGAUUACUAAGUGGUGACAUUUAUUUAGUCUUAUGAUAGUGAAAAGACAUUUUUACUGUAUCGUUCAGUUAAGUUCAGACUUUUACUUCCCAAUAAUUUUACAAUGAAAUGUAAUUUCUGUACGUGUGUUGCAUCUCAGAUCAUGUCACACUGUUCUAUUUUGAACCACAUAAAACACAAAAAAUCUGA